CAGGAAGCCAGUUUUUGAAAGCUUGCUGUGUCUGCCAGAAGCCAACUGUCCAUUCAACAAAGUAACAUAACGCUUUUUUUGUGCAGUACGUGCCUCGAAGCAGAGGUUCUUUAUAAUAGUAACUGAUUUGCUUGUUCAGAGGACCAUGGCUUUGCCAACGCUUACUGCUCAUUGGCCGAGUCGCGCAAGGACUUUGGAGAGACAGAUGGCACGGCAACGGGAACAAGAGGCCCGCUGGCGGCAGCAAUGGGAGAACCACUCCAAGUACAUGAAAGAGCAGCACGUUCGUACCAGCAAGCAGGCACAUUGGAGCUCCCGUCAAUCAUACGAACAGAGCAUGAGUGCAUACCAGCGUGAGCAUGUGCAAGAGGAGAAGAAGCGUAGUCUACAGGAGCGGAGGGAGCGCCUGAGAGCCAUGCUGCAGGAGGAGAGGGACAUGCUGGAGGCCGAGCUCCGACAGGUGAUCCCGGACAGGAGCGCCCUGACCAGGCAGCUGGUGGAGAAGACGGAGAGCCUCCGGACGGCCAGAGAGGAGCGCAGGAGAAAGGUUGCUCAGGAGUUGCUGAGGGAACACUGGAAGACAAACAACCCUGAGCUGCGAAAGGUCGAGUCGGCGUUGCACAAAGAUCACGUUGUGGGCCAGUGGCAGGUCCAGCAGGAGGAGAAGAAACAGGUUGAGGAGAAGGCCGUGGAGGAGAAGAGGCGCUUCGAGAACGAGUACGAGCGCGCGCGCCGGGAGGCCCUGGAGAGGAUGAAAGAGGCGGAGGAGAAGCGGAAAGAGGAGGAGAAGAGGAGAGCCGAGGAUCUCCGCCAGCAGAUGGAGGAACUGAAGCUGCGGGAGGAGGAGGCCAAGCGUCUGAAGGAGGAGCAGGAGGCCCUGCUGGCGCAGCACUGGGAGGUGGAGAGGCUGGAGGAGGAGCGAAGGAGGGCAGAGGAGGACAGGAAGAAAGCCAAUCUGGGGCGGAUCCUGACGCGGCAGUAUCGCACCCAGCUGAAGAGGAGAGCCCAGCAGGUGCAGGAGGAGCUGGAGUCUGACCGGCGGCUGCUGGCGGCGCUGGUGGAGGCCCAGCAGCAGGAGCGGACGCUGGAGAGCGCGCGGCGGGAGCGGGCGGUGGCGGACGCCGCCUGGAUGAAGCGCGUCCUGGAGGACCAGCUCCGGCUGGAGAAGCAGCGGGAGGCCGAGUUCGAGAUCCUCUACAGUGAGGAGGCCCAGCGGAUGUGGGAGAAGAGAGAGGCCGAGUGGGCGAGAGAGAAGCGCGCCAGGGAGAGACUCAUGCAGGAGGUCCUGUCGGAGCGGCAGCAGCAGCUGGAGCGGAAGAUGCAGGAGAACCGGCAGGCCCAGGAGGAGUCUCUGCAGCGGCGCGAGGAGCUGAUGGAGCAGCUGGAGCAGGAGCGCCUCACUCAACUGCAGGAGCAGCAGGAGCAGGAGGACCACAAGACCGUACGCAUGCAGGAGAUCAGCGCACAGGUGGAGGCGCAGCGUAGGGAGCGCUGGGAGGAGGAGCGGCGGCGGGAGCAGGAGGAGGAGGAGGAGCAGGUGGCGCUGAGGCUGGAUGAAGAGCAGCUGCAGCAGGAGACCCAGAGGAUCGCCCAGCAGGGCUACCAGGACAGGAUCCGAGGACGGCCACGCUCUGCCUGGACCUGAUCGUCAUGACGACACUUUGCUCAUGGAGACGAGCUCAAGUGGCUAUGCUUUAUAUGGAUAUGCAUUACUCUGAUCAGUUCUUUGCACAUUCUAGAGGGACUUAGUGUUGAUCGAGUUCUUAUCAGUCCUUAAUUUAUUGAUCAUUUUUUUAGAAGGAAUUGUGGAAGUGUGUUUUUAUAGUUGUUUUAAGCAUUUUUGUACAAUUACCAGAUGAAUUUUAUAAUGUUUUUUUAUUAAUAAAAAAGAAAA